AUGCAGGAGGAGAUUGGCGUGCCCACGACUGUGGACGACGAGAGCUCGAGCGACUCGCGCGCUGGCCGCCACGGCAGCGCCGGGCUGUUCCUGUUCAAGAAGGACGCGGACGCCGUCGAGGAGACGCCCGAGGACAUGGCGGCGCUGGAGGCCGAGCGAGAGGCCAACAAGAAGCUGGCGGAUGAACUGGCGGACGAGGAGCGGCGCCGCCGCAUCGAGGAGGAGAAGGACCGCGAGAACGAGCUCGCGGUCGUCCGCCAGAUCAACGUCGAGUACUCCAUCACGGCCGAGGAGCAGGAGCGCGAGCGCCGCGUGUACGAGUACGAGAUCACCAAGGUGCAGGACGAGAUGGUGCGCCGCCGCAGCCAGGCGGAGGCAAUUGAAGCCGCGGAGCAGGAGCGCACGCGCCGCAUCUCCGAGGCGGAGGAGGUGCAGGUGCAGGACUACAAGGAGCGCGUGUUCGCGCAGGAGCUGGCGGUUCAGGCCAUGGAGAAGGAGCGCGUGAGGCGUCUGAGUCUCCCAGAGCAUCGCGAACGCGCGCCUUCUGCCGGUGGGCCAGCGGGUGAAGGGCCUCCUGGACUGGAGCGCUUCUACUCGUGCAAGAGUAUUCCGGUUGUGCACGCGUCGGCGUCCAAGGUUCCGGUGGACGAGAACUCGGAGUGGCGCUGCUUUAUCGCGUCCGAGAAUGCUCAGGAGGAGAAGGACCAGCUGCAUGCGCUUCGCUUAAGCUUGGAGGAGGAACUGAAGGCGGAACGUCACGCCAAGUACGUGGAGCUGGUAGGCGACGUUCGCCUGCUCCGCUUCCUGCGCGGCCACAAGAUGAACGUGUCGGUGGCUGCCACGAAAUACCGAGAAAUGCUGGCCAUGCGCCAGAAGCUCAACCUCGACAACAUUCGCGACGACAUCGUGAACAACAACAUGGGACCGGACGAGUUCCCUCACUUCCAGAAGAUCAUCCCGCACCUCCCCUUCCUGGACACGUACGACGUCUUCUCUGCUGCGGACGGCCAUGUCUUCUACUUUGAAAUGACGGGCUACGCUGACUUCCAUAAGCUGUUGACUGAAGUGACGGAAGAGGAAUGGCAGACUUUCUUCCUCUACUCGAUGGAGUACCGUGCGCUGAAGCUCGACCAGCUCAGCCGUCAGAAUGAAAAACUGGUGCAGACUAUCCUAGUUCGCGAUCUCUCGGGCUUCUCCAUCGCUCGCUUCAACCCGAAGCUGCUGAAGCGCUUGAAGCCACUUGUGUCGAUCGCCACAAAGUGCUACCCGGAAUCGAUGCACAAGGUGCUUGUGCUGCAUGCCCCGUGGAUCUUCGACAAAGUAUGGAGUGGAGUCAAGUCCAUGCUUCAAGAAACCCAGCUGCGCAAGGUGCACAUGGAAGGUAACUCGCUCGAGCGGUUGCUAGAUCUUGCAGGGAGCCGAGACAAGCUACCAAAGCUACUCGGUGGGCGAAGCACGACGCAUGCCAUCCCUCAAACUGGUUUCCUAGGUCGCAAUGCCUUCUUGCUGCUCUGUGAAGAUGGAGCGACCCAAGCGGAUAUCAAGGCAGGUGGGACGCUGCAACUGCCAUUCCGCAUGAGUGCCAACGAUACGCUCUGCUGGGAGUACGUGGUGAAGGACCGAGAUAUCUCCUUCGCCGUGAAAUUCCGCACGCAGGGCAUUGGCGGUGCCGAGGAGAGCGAAAAGGUUGCACCUGAGCGUGUUUCAAGCGGAGCCCCCAUCGCGAGCUCCUUCACGGCAACAGAAGACGGCACGGUGGUGCUGUCCUGGGACAACUCGUUCUCGUGGGCGCGCGGGAAAACCAUCGCGUACAAGGCCAAGGUGGUCAAGUCGACGCACGACUUCUCAUCGCUCGAUAUCAGCGGGAACGACUGCGUCUAA